AUGGUGUCUCUUUACAGCAGUAAAAAUGCUAAGACAUCCUUGGAUUUGUUGUCUGGCUUGCUCAUCCUCUUUGUAUCAUUAGAAGAAGACAUGUGUCACAGAUGUAGCAUCUGUGAGAGCCCCAACUGUACCAGAUGUUACUGUUUUGAGUGUGUGGAUAUCCUGGUGGGCCCCGGGACUUCAGAGCAAAUCAACGCCAUGGCGUGCUGGGUUUGCUUCCUGUGCCUGCCUUUCACUUGGAGCGGGCUGCUGCAGAGGCGAAAGAGGUGGCAUCACCAGCUGAAGGCCUGCCAUGAUCUAGAGGGAGCAAGCCCUCUGGAGAUGUACAAACCAGUGUCUGCUUGGAAGAGACAGCCAGUGCGGGUACUGAGCCUCUUUGGGAAUAUUGAGAAAGAGCUCGAGAGUUUGGGCUUUCUGGAAAGAGGUUCUGGUUCUGAAGGAGGAAGGCUGAAGUACGUGGAAGAUGUCACGAAUGUUGUGAGGAGAGAUGUGGAGAGAUGGGGCCCCUUUGACCUCGUGUAUGGCUCAACACAGCCUCUAGGUCGCUCUUGUGACCGCUGCCCUGGCUGGUACAUGUUCCAGUUCCACCGGAUCCUGCAGUAUGCGCGCCCACACCCAGGGAGUCAGCGGCCUUUCUUCUGGUUGUUUGUGGACAGUCUGCUGCUGACUGAGGAUGACCAAGUUACCACAACCCGCUUCCUCCAGAUGGAGCCUGUGACCCUCCAGAAUAUCCGCGGCAGAGUCCUCCAGAAUGCUGUGCGGGUGUGGAGCAACAUCCCAGGGUUGAAGAGCAAACACUUGGCCCUGACACCAAAGGAGCAACAGUCCUUGGAAGGCCAAGUCAGAACCAGAGCCAAGAUGGCCGCCCAGAAAGAUGACCCCCUGGUGAAGAACUGCCUUCUCCCCCUGAGAGAGUAUUUCAAGUAUUUUUCUCAGAACCCACUUCCUCUUUACAAAUGA